CCUUUCCUGCUGCUGGCUAAAUUGGAAGGGAAGGAACGCUGCAUCGUCCUGUCUUCUCAGCUUCUCUCAAUAUAGAUCGACGUGCUGCCAGUGACUGGAGAGCGAUGUCCCCACCCCCCACCCCCAUCGCAGAGGGGCCAGUCGACUUCGAGUUCCGCCAAUGACGACGAUCUGCCAUCUACUCUCAGAAAUCGAAGACGAGCACCCACCAUGUCGGACACUUCAAGCUCUCAGCCGAGAUCUCAUGCCUUUUCGGCCGCGACCCGAUUGGAGGUACAACGAUUAUCAGGCAACGCUUGUUGGGCCUGCGGAACCCUGUCCCCACAAAUCGCCCAUGUCAUUGGAAACGAGGAUGGCCAGAUCCCCCUAUGGUCUGACAUGUCUUUGCUCAACUUUUCCUUGACAUCAGCCGACAAUGGGAUACCGUUGUGUCCGACCUGCCAUGUCGAAUUUGAUCGGUCUGAAGACCCGGGCUUCAUAUUCCUACCUGUCGAUAUCCCUUUUUUCAUAGAGUUUGAGCUGAAGGAUCGGGAGAGAAGAGCAGUGGCGGAAAAGGACGGGAAGAUUCUUCGCCGCGAAGUACCUACAAAUAUUAUGUAUGUAGAUCAUCUUAUCCGCCAACGGCGGCUACCGGAAGGUUCUACCGGCGGAGGCCUUUACCGGCCCAUAUUCUUGAGGCCAUACUUGCUGGGUGGGAGAGUCUCCCCGGAAGAUUUCGGAUUAUUACAAACCAAGCAGUGGCAUGGCGCACCCAUGGCAAGUUUGCGCCGAGGUAUUUUGGCAUUAGGCAGCGGACGUAUUUGUACCGUUGAUGAAACUACAGUGGAAGAUUUGCAGAGGUUACGAGACCUCUAUUUUCGGGAACAGUCAUCCAGACCCUGUCUCACAAACACCUCUUUGAAUGUUCCUCCCCGAAAGAGGAAGGCGAAUGACAGGGAGGAGGGCAGUCCAUCCAAAAGGGGCGGCAUAAAUGACUCGCAAGCCAGGGCCAGUGAUUCCAUGGACAUAUGUUCAGAGCACUGGACGCUCGGUCCGCAUUAUACCAGCCACCAAGCCUGCGAGCGGUACGCUUACAUUCUUGCCCACGACUGAGAACUUCUUCAACGACCUCACCGACAUCAUGCUUCGGCUCUACCGUCAUGAUUCGAUUGCGGGGAUUAUGCGCUCCUGCCUGUAAAACGGGGCCUUUCAGGUCAUUCGAGAAAUGUCGCUUAAUGAGACCCGGAGUAUCCAAACCACCUGCUGGUGCAGAUCGAAC